UGAAACAUUCUGUUCGUUUACAACACACAAGGUUGGCCCUUAACCGUCACCGAUACUUGGGCCAAAAAACCAGGCCGGGUUUUUUGUAGGCAUUGUUUCUUGUAGUUAUCCAACUUCAGGUCAGAGAUCUCAUCUUCAUAAUCAAAUUUUUACACACAUUCAGGUGAGACUUGAUUGAUGCUCUCUUCAUCCGUAAUUUGGUCCACAUUAUCCACCUACGUAUGUACGAGCUCUUCGCAAAAUUCAUAGAGAAAAGCCAAACUUGGGGAUUUCCGAGAAUCAAAAUUAUUAACAUGCAACUACUAUUUUUGGGAAAGAUAUGACUGGUGACAUGCCAAAUAUCUUCAUGUUCUGAAACCUAAGAGAGUUUUUGAUGAUCAUGCAUCUCAUCAGUCAUCACAACCAAGCUGCAUGUGGUGUCACUUUGUUGAUAAGACACAUCAGCAUUAAAAUUAUAGGUGUCACUUCUGGUCUGGGAUAUUACUUCCAGGGGCCUACCACAGUUGAAGUGUUCGAUCUGAUUAUAAAUAGAAGACUGAUGAAUAGCCUCAUUGAUCAACCUUGAAAAGGUGUACAAAAAUAUAGGUUCACUCACCAGCAAGAAAGAUGAAGAUGAAAAAGGGUUUGGUUUUGUUGGCUCUUUUAUUCCUUAUUGGAAUUGUCGUCUCUUCCGCGAGAUCAAUCGAGACCGCUGAUGCCAAGUCGGAAAGGGAAGCACUGGAUGAAAGAAAAAAACGCCCAAGUGAUGAGGUUGGUGUGGUAGGAACUGGUGGUGACUCGUUAGAAGAUAUUGUUGGCAUAGGAGUUGGAAGUGGCAGUGGUGGUAGCGGAGGCAGCGGCCAUGGGGGUGGUGGCAGUGGAGGGGGUGGCAAGGGAGGUGGAGGAAGCGGAGGAAGUGGAGGACAUGGUGGAAGCGGGGGUAGCGGCGGUGGUGGUAGUGGAGGUGGUGGAGGACACGGAGGUAGUGGAGGUGGUGGAGGACACGGUGGCAGCGGCGGUGGUGGUAGCGGAGGUGGUGGAGGACACGGUGGCAGUGGAGGUGGAGGCGGUGGACACGGUGGCAGUGGCGGUGGUGGCAAGGGAGGAGGUGGAAGUGGUGGUAGUGGUGGUGGCAAGGGAGGUGGUGGGCAUGGUGGAAGCGGUGGUAGUGGCGGUGGUGGUGGCAAGGGAGGCGGUGGAAGCGGAGGUAGCGGCAGUGGUGGCAAGGGAGGCGGUGGGCAUGGUGGAAGCGGUGGCAAAGGAGGCGGUGGAAGUGGAGGUAGCGGUGGUGGUGGUGGCAGUGGCAAGGGAGGUGGAAGCGGAGGUAGCGGUGGUGGUGGUGGCAGUGGCAAGGGAGGUGGAAGCGGAGGUAGCGGUGGUGGUGGUAGCGGAGGCAAGGGAGGUGGAAGUGGAGGUAGCGGUGGUGGCAGCGGAGGCAAGGGAGGUGGAAGCGGAGGUGGCGGUGGUGGUAGUGGAGGCGGAGGUGGUGGGCAUGGUGGAAGCGGUGGCAGCAGCGGCCAUGGUGGCAAGGGAGGCGGUAGCAGCGGAGGCGGAGGCAAGGGAGGCGGUGGAAGUGGAGGUAGUGGAGGCGGAGGCAAGGGAGGGGGUGGAAGUGGUGGCAAGGGAGGCGGUGGAAGUGGAGGCAGCGGUGGUAGCGGAGGUAGUGGCAAGGGAGGCGGUGGCGGAGGAAGCGGAGGUGGUGGUGGCGGCCAUAAGGGUGGUGGAGGAGGAAGCGGAGGUGGUGGUGGCGGGCAUAAGGGAGGUGGUGGAGGACAUGGUGGCGAGCAUAAGGGAGGUGGAGGUGGAGGUGGAGGAAGCGGAUCAGGUGGGGGAAGGGGAGGCGGCGAAGAAUGA